GCGAUGGGACUUUGGUUGGUUUGCUGGCUGUGCCUUUGGGCUGCUCUGCCCUUCCUGUUCUCUGCUGUGUGUGACCCGGAGCCGGCCUGGAGGCUGCCGUGUGGCCCGCCCGCUAUCAGCAGCACUGACUGUAUCAAGCAGGGCUGCUGCUUUGAGUCACCGAGCCUCAGUGGGCAGCCCUGUUUCUACAACCUGAGAGAGAGUCCGGGCAAGCAGCCCCCUCCCGGAUCCCACAGCGAGCGUGAGGAGACUGGAAGCUUUGUGUAUGAAACAGACAUCUUGGGGAAGAGGAUGAUUCAGACUGGGCCACAAGUCUCAAUAACCCGGGACAGCACCUUCAGCCUGCACGUCCAGUGCAAGUACAAAGGGGAGCAUGAGGCUGGCUUACAAAUCAAUGUCUCAGUUUACACACUCCCUCCACCACUAGCUGCUUCUGAAGAUGGGAUUCUGAUGCUGAAACUGCGAAUAGCAAAAGAUGGCAACUACAGGUCGUGGUACAAGGACAGUGACUACCCCAUUGAGAGAAUCCUUCAGGAGUCGGUGUUUGUUGAGGUUUGUGUGAAGGAUCGCACUGACCCAGUGAUUGUCCUGAGAUUGCGUGACUGCUGGGCAGCCCCUGACCAUGAGGUGCAGUGGAGUCUCCUGGUGGAUGGGUGCCCCUGUGAGGGUGAAGACUACCUGACUGUCCUACACCCAGUAGAUGCCUCUUCUGGCCUGCAGUUCCCAACCCAUCACAAGCGGUUUGAAGUGAAGACCUUUGUUUUCUUGGAUGGUGUGUCUGAGCAGCCCCUCUCUGAACAAGUAACCAAACUGAUGGAAUGAGACCAAGAUCACAAAAUUGGCUGGCUGUCUGUACUGCAACCUGGACUACUUAGCUACAAGAAGCUCUCCUAAAAUCUCUGCUUCUUUCUAGGUAUACUUGCAUUGCAGUGCUGAGGUUUGCUGUCCCUCUGGUCAGGAUGACUGUGCACCCAGAUGUGGUUCAAGUGAAUUCCUUAUUCUGUGGAAGGCCAGUGGGUGUUUUAAAUGGCCUUUUAUUGAGAAAGUAAUGAGCCAUGUGAAUGAAGGAGAACUUGCAGAUGGCCUUUUUGCCUAAAGGCAUGUGAAGGUGCCACAGUAAAUGUGGUGGAAGAACUUUGCAGUGCAGGCAUGUAAUUUGAAGAAAGGGACCUUCUCAUUGUAAUAGAAAACAUGUAUGAAUGGGUCACUAAAGCUGGCAAGUGAAUGUUGGAAUUCAA